CGUCAGAGCCUUCCUACAUGAAUUGGGAAACGAAGAAGAAGAAGACUUCCCGGCUUGCAGUUCGGCGCGCGAACUUGGAUUUUGUUAAAUCCGCGGACUGUUUAUGGCUCAAACAUGGAAUCAGGCAGAGAGAAGCUUGCUGAGAGUUUUGGGAAUGACUGGAGCAGCGGGAAAGCCAAAGCAGCCGAUCUCUUUCAAGACUUGUGGAAGCAACUCGGAGAGUGUCACCAAAAUGCACUUCAGGAACUGGAAGCAAAAGUAAGCAAGCUGAAAAAGGAGCGCUGCCUAGAUGCACAGAGGCUCGAAGUGUUUUACAAUCGCAACCAGCAGCUCAAGGAGCAAAACAAAAACCUGCAGGAUGCCAUCACUCUCCUGGAGGAAAGGCUCCGAACAGGAGAGUGUGAUCGGUGCACCAUCUUAGAGGAGAACCUGAAAGACGGUCAGGAGCAGAACCUGCACCUUAUCAAAAAACUGAAGAAUGAAAGAAACCUGCUGGAGGAUGAAAACAGAAAGCUGCAAGCUGAGCUGCAAAAAUUAAAGAUGUCUCGUUUUGAAUCUCAGGAGGGCUCACCCCCAGAACAGGAAGAGGGCAUCAUUCCAGACUCCCCAGUCUUGCCCAGCUCACUGCCUGUGGUCAACAAACUGAAGAAAGCUAAAAAUACAGACAAAACGAAGCGCGUUCGCUAUGCAGAGGUGCCGCUACCACUGUCUAACAACUCGCUCUUCAAUGAGCUAAACAAAGAUCCUGAUGGUGCCACAAAGACUCCUGGAAGAGCAGAAGUUCUUGUGCCAAACACUUGUGAAAUGGACUCAUCCCAGAUCUCAAAAGAUGUGAAUGAAGAUGAAGAAGAGGCAAUUGCAGAAACCUGUGGCCUUGAACUUAUUGAAAAGCAUCAGAUGAAAUCCAGGAAAGCCACAAGCCAGCAAAGAAGCUUAAGUACUCUCUGGAAGCAUGAAGUUCGUUUAAAGCCUCACUGCUCCACUCCAGACUCAACAUCUGGAAAGUCUCCAUCUCUUCUCCCGUGCAUCAGACGGGUUGCAGAAGGUGGCACUAUUUGCAGUGCAAAAUGGGCAAAGGAGGGAAAUGACCCAGAGGGAGGGGAAUGCAGCCAAAAAGGAAUCCACGAAGGUGCGGACAACCAGAAGGAAGGCAAACACAUAGAGUCUGAACAGAUCACCCAGACUGCCGUAUCUGUGAGCAAUCAAUGCAUCAAGAAGGAGCCACAGCACAGCAAGGUGGAGUUGGAACAUAAUGAGAGUACCAGUCAGAAGCCCAGUGCUUCUUGUACCCGUCCUGCUUUCAAGAAGCCAAAUAGGAAGGUUAAACCGGAUGCAGAUGGGAAGAGAAGAACCCCUCUGCAGCAGCUGAAUGCUUCACAAGGCCAAGAUGAAGCUGCACAUGCUGAAAGGAGGCACACAGUGGAGCCUACGUGGAGCGUCGAUCCCGCACUCGCGCUGUCAAUGUAUGACAGUGAGUGGAAAAAAGACGAGGAAAUGGAUGAACAGCAGCAUUAUGGGGAGAUGGCAGAUACCGACUGCACCUGGGUCAGUCACAGCUUACUUCAGCGUCAAAGAGAGAACAGAGGAGACAGUGUGUCCGGACUCGGUGAAAAGGCAAAUGAUAGUUUGGAUAUCAUGUUUGACACAACAGCUUAUGGCGAGUACAAGUCUUGCAACAGUUCAUGUUUGGGCCAGAGCCAGCCCUGUGAUGAUGAAGAGGAGGAGGACAAAGAAGAUCCUCCUGAAGACACUGCAUGCCAGUCUAAAGCACGACACCCAGCGUUCGCACAUGUAGCAGUCAUUCGCAAAAAAGAUGAGAGAAGAAAACUGAAGGGUACUACCUGCAAGGAGUGUGAAAUAUAUUACGCCCACCUGCCAGAGGAGGAAAGACAGAAAAAGCUGUCUUCUUGCUCGAGGCAUCGUUAUCUGUACAUUCCUCCCUGCACACCCGAACACUUCUGGGAAGUUGGAUUCCCGUCAACGCAAACGUGCAUUGAAAGAGGUUACAUCAAAGAAGACAAGAAUCCUCAGGAACGCUUACGGAGGAGACAGCCAUUCAACGCUUUAUUCUCACCAAAGCGAAGGAAGGAGGAGAACUAAAGAUGUUUAUCCAUGAAACAGCUAAUACCGAAGAAUAUUCACCUCCCCCCACCCCCAGUCUUUGAGUUGUAUUUAAUUUUGUUUGUUUGGUCGUUUGAGUAAAUAAAG